AUGGUUCUUACCCCUGAAUUUAAUAUUAAGGACUUGGGUACAAUGAAGUACUUCCUAGAUAUUGAAUUCUCUAGGUCUAAGAAAAGGAUAUUUAUUUCUCAACGAAAAUAUGUGCUUGAUUUGCUAGGGGAAACAGGUUCGCUAGGGUGUCAAGCGACUGAGACAUCUAUAGAGUCCAACUUAAAAAUGCAACAUGCCAAGCCUGAAGAAGUAAUCGACAAAGGAAAGUUUCAAUGGCUAGUUGGUAAACUAAAUUACCUUUGUCACACUUGUCAUGAUAUAGCCUUUGCAGUUAGCAUAGUAAGUCAGUUUAUGUACUCACCUGAAAAGGAACAUUUUGAUGUUGUUUAUAGAAUACUGAGAUACUUAAAAGGAACUCUAGGAAAAGGUCUUCUAUUUGAAAAUUGUGGGUAUCUUCAAGUUGAAGUUUACACAGAUGCAUAUUGGGCUAGGAGUAAAAUAGAUAGAAGAUCAACUUCUAGGUAUUGCACCUUUGUUGGAGGUAAUUUGGUUACUUGGCGGAGUAAGAAGCAAAAUGUGGUGGCUAGGAGUAGUAAAGAGGCAGAGCUUAGAGUAGUUGCUCAUGGGAUUUCUAAAGUUUUGCGA